GGAAAACGUGACAGGACUUGUUCUUAUUCCCCAGAGGCCUGUGGUGUAAGACUAAGAAGAAAGAACAUGUAGCAAUCCGUACACACAAGCACCUGUGACUGCGACUUUACUCUUUAUGCAAAUUUGGUGGGUAUAUACAGAGAGCUUGGGAAAUGGUGGCAAAAGCUACCAGAGCUCCUUCCAGGCUGAACUUUGGACGUGUGUAUCUCGUGUGAGCAAUGCAGGAAGGCUUUUAGGUGGAGGAAGUGGGCUCUGGCUGUCUUGUGACUAUCACUCGCUCAUCACAGAAGCCACAGUACAGAUAGGAACGGAGACACAGAGACACAGCACAGCGAAGGGACUCUCGGCAUAGAACUGUACCAUGCCCAACUACAAACUGCUUUAUUUUAAUAUGAGGGGAAGAGCAGAAAUUAUUCGUUAUAUAUUUGCUUAUUUGGACAUCAAGUACGAAGAUCACAGAAUAGAACAAGCUGACUGGCCUAAAAUCAAACCAACUCUUCCAUUUGGCAAAAUCCCUGUUUUGGAGGUGGAAGGACUUACACUUCACCAGAGCCUCGCAAUAGCAAGAUAUUUGACCAAAAACACAGAUUUGGCUGGGAAGACAGAGCUGGAGCAGUGUCAAGUGGAUGCAGUGGUGGAUACCCUGGACGAUUUCAUGUCACUCUUUCCAUGGGCAGAGGAAAAUCAAGAUCUAAAAGAGCGGACGUUCAAUGACUUGCUCACACGUCAAGCACCUCAUCUUCUGAAAGAUUUGGACACAUACUUAGGAGACAAAGAGUGGUUUAUUGGCAAUUAUCAGGUAACUUGGGCAGAUUUCUAUUGGGAUAUCUGCAGCACCACACUUUUGGUCUUAAAGCCCGACCUGUUGGGCAUCUACCCCAGACUGGUGUCACUACGGAACAAAGUCCAAGCUAUUCCUGCUAUUUCUGCCUGGAUCCUAAAGAGGCCACAGACAAAACUCUAAAUGAUUCUGGACCCAUCAUCAGAUGAGAAGUCCAUCAGCCGGCUACAGCAUUUGCAAACUUCUCGCCACCACUAGGCCUUCCUCUCACUUUGUAGUAUUGUGCUUGCUGUGUAGGAUUCCUUUGUUGUGACUUUGUCUUUUUCUGUAGGCAUUUAGUUUCCAAUAUUUUUUCAAAACUUCACACGUUUUAUAAUUACAGGGAAAUAGUUCACAAUUUAUGUUGUUGUGCAUUGAUAUCAGCUUGCAUGGAUGCCUCAGUUACACACUAGUUUCCUGGACAGUGUUAUUAGUCAGCACAGUAUCUUAAUUACGACUAAUCAUGUGAAAUACAGAUUUUAGAGCUAGCUAUUCAAUCAACAAAUUGCUACCAGAAACUAAUGGUCAAUAUAAUGCCCACUAGUCACUACAUGUUCCUCAGGUAUACACCAAAGUUACUUUACAAAAAUGCACAUCUGUCUGACAUGUCACAAAUUUGGUAAUAAGAAGGAACUCAAAGAGAUUAAAGGGCAGCCAAGAAAAGUGAUAUUGAAGCUUAAAUGAAAUUCCACAGAAAGGAGUAACAAAAAGUUGACUGAAUUCAGCACUGUUGCAAUUCAGGAGGCUGUAGAGAAAGGACCUCCAUCAGCUCACUGACAAGGAAAGGAGCUGUGAUGUAGAAAGUUAGGAGCCCCAGAGACAAGUGAGUGGGUUACAAUAAUCCUUCACAUUAAAACAAAAACAAAAACCAAGCAAAACAGGCUGGAGAUAGUUCAGCAGUUAAGAGCACUCAAGUACAUAAAUAUUAAAAUAAUAAUAAUAAUGGGCUGUGAUGUCUAAUGGCACUGGCCCAAUGAGGGACAACUGAGGAUUCAUUCUAUGUAACAAAUCCCUAUUUACUGCCAAGCAAUAGUUUAAAUAUAAGAUGGUCCCAUUUCUGUUCAAUAUUAUAUACUUCAUUGGGGAAGGAGAAAGAGGGCUAAAAACCAUUACAAAGGGUGUAAAAUACAACUUAAUGAUCACAAAUAUUUUUAUUAAACCCGAGACAUAAUAAUGGAAUAUUACAGGGAGAAUCCAACUACAUUUCAUUAGAAGAAAUUUAGAUGUAACAUCACCACAACCAAUGAGCCUACUGCGGGAGAUACAUUUCAUACAAAAAAAGUUAAGAGAAAUUCACUGUGAGUUUAAAAGGUACAAUUUCCAACAACUUGACUAAGCAACCUGGGUCCUGUGAUCACAAAGAGGUAGCAUUAACACCUGCAGAUUCCGGGUAGCCCUGUAGUGGGGAGAUAUAGCUGAUAUAUUCAUAUAUCUUCAAUAUUAUAUCUACUGAGUCAGGAGUCAGAGUCUCAGAUACCUGAAAAAAAAGCACUGUAGGAUCAUGUCAACCACCUAAGAGUUUACCUAGCACCUUAGCAACCAGGACGUCUUGAAAAGUAUGAGCUCCAAUAAUUAACCAAUCUCUCGUUUAUAAAUAAGUUUAUUUAUAAUGAUAUUUACAUAAUAAAACAAAACACUUAAAACUCACAAGUUAUACAAAGAAUCUGGGGUAUAAUAAAAACAGCAAUAUAGACUGACAGGCAAAAUUUAAAUGAAAAGUUAAUAAAGACUGAAAUAUCAAAUAGGCAAUUUUACUUCUAAAUUUCACUUUGUCACCCACACUGAACUGGAAUUGAACAAUGGCUUCUCUUCUGGUGGUCCUGUAUUGGAAAUUCUGGGAACUGGUAAAUUAUAUUUUGUUAAGAAUUUAAUGGCCUAUUUCCAUGCAGUACCUAAUGCUACCUUAGUAUGAAGUCACAUCCAGUUUCCUUUGAAGUGAAGUAGUUUAAGUUAAUCUGUUCUGCUGGACUAGAAAAAUGUCACCAGCAUCUGCUGAUCUUGGUGAUACAGCAGUAGGAAAUGUGUGAGAGAAAACUGGAGCAGAAGUGACUGGGCAAUGGUUAAGAGAAGCAAAGGCGGGAGAGAAAGCUGAUGGUAACACACACAAGAGUAGGCAGAGUUAAUGAGCCAGAGGUGCAGUAAGAAAAUUAAAUAAGUAACUGAGCCCCAGAGCAGGAGAAAGGCCAGUUCCUACUCACUGGGAAACAACUUAGUGCCUAGCCAAACAAAUGUGUUCUAACGGGAGAAGGAGAGGACCUGGGGAUGUUAGUAGAUGGAAUGCCACCUUUGAUUCAGGCUGAGUUCUUACUGACAUUGGUGAACAUCUGCUUCAAAUAGCAAUAUAAAAUGAAGACUAACGACCUAUACAGCUGCAUUCUUUAACAUAAUCAAACCUUCAAACCAGACAGGCAAAAUAAGACAUAAACAUUGUCAAAUAAGGCACAUGUAAAUCUACACACAUUAUCCAGUGAAAGACAAUAUAUAUAUAUGUAUAUAUAUUUGGAGGUAGAAAUAAUUACAAAAAUACUGACAUUUCUAAAGCAUUAGCAUAUUUGUUACAAACAAUCACCAACUAAUCCCCAUUCAGAAAAUUGCUUUGAAAAAUGAUUAUUCAACAUCUUCAGGAUGUGAGUAUCUGGAGAAUCCAGUUAGUGGCAAAAAGUUGUCCAUACUAUGUGAAAUGCAACAUGAAAUUAUAAAACGUUACAAAUGCUCAUAAACCCCACGGUCACUGUGAUGUGAAUGUCCUUGAAUGCACCAAGUUGAUAUUUGCUCAUCGAUCAGGAAUUCUGAGUUGUCCUUUCACAGGCCCAUUGACGUUUUCAGUAGCGUGGCUAUAUCCGCUGGCAUACUUCCCUCAUCAGCUGCAGGGCAGACAAUGAUGUGAAGUCAUGCACAAACAAACAUCUGGGCUUCUAAGAUAUAGUUUCCUCUCGACCUCUUCUUUGAUGAACUUCCCUAUAACUAAUUCCUAGUUUGUUCCAGUGCUCUCUCACUACAGCUAUUAUUUUCCCACUUACUGUCAAUAGCAUAGCUGUAAAGUGACAACUAUUUCUGAUAUGUGCAGCAAUCAACUACAAAUGGCUGAAAUGCAUCACAAUGAAUCAAGUCUCUCACAAAAUCCAAGACACAAUAAUCAAAACUACAGGACCACUUUAAUUUGCUCUGCUCUCUGGUAAAAGAAACUUAUGUACAAGAUGCUGAACACUGGGCAAACUCUUAAGGAGUUUAUAGAUACCCUUCCCUUCAAACCUGUUCAACAGACUAAAGGCAGCCCAUGGCACCAAGUUACCACUUGUCUUUAACUGGCAUCGCACUAGAGAAAUGUGAAGAGAGAAAAGACUAUAAAGAGAGUCUUUUAGUGUAAAGAUACUAUAGACAAAACAAAAUAAAAUCUAAAGUGUGAUCUUUGCUUCAAGAGAAAGUGUAAAAUUAUUAAAAGGGUACUGGAUUAAAACUGGCUUAGCAGCUAAGAGCCCUGGUUGUUCUUCCAAAGGACCUAGGUUCAAUUCCAAGCACCCACAUGACGGCUUAUAACCAUCUGCAAUUCCAGUUUCAGGGAAUUUAAUGCCUAUUUGGACUUAUGCAUGAAUGGCACAAAUCUAGUAUACAACAUACACAAAGGCAAAAGACCUAUACACAUGAAAUAAAAUAAAUAAACCUCAUUAAAAUAUAGUAAAAGGACAACUAGGAAAAAAUUGAGUAGGAAAUGUGAUUAUAUCUAAAAUGUUGCUGAUUGCAACAACUUAGAAAAUAUGUAUCUAAAAUCCUGAAUGUGAACUGUCAUACUGUUAACUAACUUCAUACUGUUGCUGGAAGACAGAGGUAAACACACACUGCGCCCUUCACGCUGCCAGUUCAGUGAGUUUCCAUCACACCAUGGUUUCAAGAUUUUUAUAUAAAAAUUUUUGUAAUAUAAGUUCAAAAGUGUAAUAAACCAGUUACUUUAAGAAUCCCACAACUGUUAUCAUAAAGGAAUGGUUGCAGUUAAUAUACAGCAACGUUAACAAGAAAGCCUGUUAAAUCAGACUCCUAAGUAUCACUGCCAGAGUUUCUGAGUCUAAUAGAAAAUUUCGAAGUCUGCAUUCCCAUCUGCCAAGUGCCAGGGGGCACAGCUGAAGAUCCUGACACCAAGGCCAGCCCUAGAGAAACAGACUCUGAGAAGCAGACUGUGGUCCUUUGCCGAGACACACACUAAUCUGCAAAUACAACCAUCAUUCACGGGACAAAGGAACUCAGUAUGAGGAGGAAAGAUAAACACAUUCUAUAGGCCCGGUGUUGCUUCUUUUUAAAAAUGAAACUGGACACAGCUAAAGAUAAAAUCACUACAAUUGAACCUAAAUAAAUGACAAUAUUGUAUCCUUAGUUUUAUUGGGCAAAAAAAAAUAAAGCCCUUAGGGGAAAAACAAAAACCAAAAUAGGUAAACACCUGUCCCAGAACAAAGGGAAGACAUAUGGAGGAAGGCUGGGAGCUGCCCAGAGUGCUUGGAAAGGAACUCGUGAGCUUGAAGAAGCUUCUUAACAACUAAGUCCCCUUUCUAGCACCAUUUGCACAUUUCUAACUCCUGAGUUUUAAACUAUGUUAAUAUACUACUUGUUAAAAAUUACACACAUAAAUAAUACACGUAAAUUUAUAGAACUCAAAAUUAUCAGAACAUUAAAAUUACAGCAGCUAGAAAUGCACCAUUUAUUUGAGGUUUCUUUCUAAGACCCAAGUAAUUCAACCUGAAACUGACGUUACAAUUUUUAAGUGAGGGGUUGGGGAUUUAGCUCAGUGGUAGAGCGCUUGCCUAGCAAGCUCAAGGCCCUGGGUUCGGUCUUCAGCUCCGGAAAAAAAAAAACAAAAACAAAACAAUUUUUAAGUGAAUUUUACAGCUCUAUUUCUGAUAAAUAUUUACUAGUCAAAUAAAAUUAUGUAAGUAUUAGGGCCCUUAAAGUUAUUACAUUAUAAAAUAUGUUUUCAACCUUUGAGUUGGUGGUGGUAUUCAUUUAGUGAACAAAUCAUAACUUGUGAGUGAAGCUAUAGAUGCAAACUUGACUUUAUUUUGAGAAUAUUAUGGUGUCCAUUAUAUAAGACAGAAGAGACAGAUGUUUUAAAAAAUCAACUUUUUUUUUAACUCAAUUCUGGCAAAACAAAUCUUUGUUACUGUUAUACAUGACGUAAACAUGCAUGUUCUCUUCUAGUUUGUCCUCCAAACAUACCAUCUCAUAGUAGUUAUGAAUGUUGGUAAUCUAUAUUUCAAUAAAAAACAGUAUUUCUGCUAACAAACAA